GUCCUCUAAUCCAAACAAAACGGCUUUCCGUUUAAUUCUUUUUUCUUUUUAAUAAAACACAAUCAAAUCCCUCACUCUCUCUCUCUCUCUCCUUCCUCCUCCUCCUUCUCAUUAGAGACAUUGCUUCUUCUUUUCUUGCGUUUCGUCUUAAGCUCUCCGUUUCAGAAUCGAGCUUUUCAUCUCUUAAUUAGAGAUUGGUUCAGUACUGGGAUACUGCAGAACCUUAGCCAAGCUUGCUGAAGAAGACUAACAGGAAACCAAACAAAAAAAGGAGAAAUUUCCUGAUUUUAAAAUUUGGUGCCAGGAGAACACCUUGACUGAAUAUUGUUGCAAAGGAAAUUUAUUGAAAAUUCAAAGAGAAGAUGACAAGGCAGCAUUGGAGAGAGUCUAUAAAAUCAUUCUUUGGCAAUCACAUUGAUCCAGAGCAAGGUGAACAGCUAAAAGGAACUAAAACAGAAAUUGAGAACAAAGUAAAGAAGAUCUUGAAGCUUCUCAAAGAGGAAGACCUUGAAGAAAAAGAUGGGUUCUCAGGAGAAAACUCCAAGAAAGAACCUCUGGUUGAGCUAAUUGAGGAUUUCCACAACCAGUAUCAAUUGCUCUACAAACAAUAUGAUCAUCUGACUGGAGAGCUAAGAAAGAAAUUUCAUGGGAAACGAGCAGCAGAUACCUCUUCUUCAUCAAGCUCAGACUCAGAAUCCGAUCAUUCUUCCAAGGGCAAAGGAAAUAAAAAUGGGAAACUCAAAAGUGAAUAUCAGAAGAUAGCAGAUGUCCUAAAGCAGGAACUUGAAACAACAAAUCUAGAAGUUGCUGAACUGAAGAGUAAGUUGAUAGCUACUAAUGAAGAAAAGGAAGCUUUAAAUUUGGAACAUCAGACAGCUUUAAGCAAAAUAAAAGAAACAGAGGAGAUCAUUAGAAAGUUGAAGUUUGAAGUUGAAAGAUUAGAUGUGGAAAAGGGAAAACUUUUAGUUGAGAAUGGAGAGUUGAAGCAAAACCUGGAUGCUUCUGGCAGUGUGGAAGCAGAACUGAACAAGAGAUUGGAGGAGAUGAGCAAAGAUAAGGACAACUUGAUUGUGGAAGGAGAGCAAACAGUAGAAGAGUUUAAAACCAUUGCUAAUCACCUGCAAGAAGAAAAGGUAGUUCUUGAGCAACAACUAGAAAGCUUUAGAGCAGAAGUUGCCAGUAUGAAGCAGCAACUAGAAUCUGCUGAGCUGCAAGUGUCAGAUUUAAGCCAGAGAUUGACACAUACUGAGGAAUCAAAUAAAUCUCUUGCCUCGUUAGUUUUGGAACAGCAUUCAAGAUUGGACGAUAUGACUCUAGAGAAAGAAAGCCUGACAGCACAAGUAAACACUCUUCUAGCAGACUUGGAACGUUUGCACACCCAAAAUGUGGAGUUGGAAGAUCAGAUGGCAAGUAAAGCUGAUGAAGCAUCAAUUCAAGUCAAGGGUCUGACAGAUCAAGUUAAUGAGUUACAACAGCAACAGGAGUCCAUAGGCAAUGAGAAAGCUGGACUGGAAGUGAAACUGGAGGAGAAAACUCGGGAAAUCUCAGAAUUCCUAGUUCUACUAGAAAAUCUAAAAGAGGAAAUAGCACAGAAGACUGAAGAUUACCGGAAAAUUCUUGAAGAGAGAGAAAGUUUGACAGGGCAAAUGAAAUAUCUGGAAUUGGAGGUGGAGAACUUACAAAACCAUAAAGUUGAUCUUGAAGAACAAAUAAGAACUGAAAUCAAGGAGAAUGGACGGCUAGGAGAGGACAUGCUAGGGUUACAAAAUAAAAUCUUUUAUUUUGAAAAAACAUUAAAUGAGAGGGGGCUAGAGUUUUUUGCUCUCCAGGAGAGACAUGAAAGAGGAGAGAAUGAAGCUUCUGCUCAAAUAAUGGCCUUAACUACGCAGGCUAACAAUAUGAAAUUGGAAUUAAAUUCCUUACAAGCUAAGAAAAACCAAUUGCAGUCACAGCUUGAGAAAGAGAAGCAAGAAUUCAGAGAAAGCCUGAUAGGAAUGGAAAAACAAAAGUCUGAGUUGAUAAGCAAAAUUGCAGAUCAACAAAAGAUGCUGAUAGAACAGGAGGAGGCAUAUAGGAAGCUGAGCGAAGAAUACAAGCAGGUAGAAAGUUGGUUCCAGGAGAGCAAGGAAAAUCACAAAGUUGUCGAAAAGAAAGUAGAAGAAAUGGCAGCACAAUUUCAGAAGAAUGCGGGAUCCAAAGAUCAAAUAAUAGCUGAAUUGGAAGAAACAGUUGAGGACCUGAAAAGAGAUCUCGAAGUAAAGGGAGAUGAACUCAAUACUUUGGUUGAUUAUGUCCGAAAUAUUGAAGUUAAGCUCCGGUUGUUAAACCAGAAGCUCCGGGUCACUGAACAGUUACUAACCGAGAAGGAAGAGAGCUUUAGGAAAGCAGAAGCAAAUUUCCAGCAAGAGCUGAAAGUGUUGGAGGAAAGGAUUGCUACAAAGUCGAGGAUAAUAGCUACUACCAAGGAAGCUUGCCAGAGGAUGGUCACAGAUGCCUCAGAGAAAGUGAAAAGUACUUUGAUAGGGGUAGAAGCCUUGUCCCUAAAAUUUGAAGAUGACUGCAAAAGCUAUGAACAUCGGAUAAUGGAAAUGUCAAAUGAGCUUCAGAUUGCAAAGAAUAAGGUAAUUGAGAUGAAGAAUGAGAAGGAACAACUUGGAAAAGAAGUAGGUGAUCUAGUAGUACAACUGCAAGUUACAAAAGAACGAGAAUUGACAUCGAGAGCGAAGAUUGAACAACUAGAGGCUAAGAUAAGAAAGGAUGAAGGUGAGAAGGAGAACUUAACUAAAGCUGUCAGCCAAUUGGAAAUAAUAAUGAAAGAGAAGGACAAAGGUCUACUAGACCUGGGGGAAGAAAAGAGGGAGGCAAUAAGGCAGCUGUGUCUGUGGAUUGAUUAUCACAGAAGCCACUAUGAUUAUCUCAGAGAAAUUCUGUCGAAGAUGCCUGUGAGAGGCCACAGGGCAGCAUAGAAGUCAGUAUUUCUUACCCAAGCAGAUCGGUUUUGGUUAUUUGUGGCUAUAUAACGUUCAUUGUUUCAUUUAUCUUUUCCAAGGAAAAGGGCAUUGUCAAUAUCAACAUUCUUAGGUGAUGGUUGAAUAUUACUGCUAGCUAUAAUAUAUAGUAAAGCUUGUUUGUAUUUGUUCAUGAAAUACCAGGUUGUAAAGAAUCCAUGGUCAAGCUCUGGUUUGUGCUUGAAAAUAUACAAUUCUUCUCAUGAUUA